AUGCCGCUGCCCGCCUUUGCAGAGAAACCGGCGCAGGAGGCCGAGGGCCACAUUCUCAACGCCGUGCUCCCAGCUCCUUCCGUCGUCGCUGCCCGUUCGUUUCGCGAGCGUCCGGAGUGCAUGGACUUCCCGGCUUCUGCACAGCUCGAGGCCGAGGCCAUACACCGCCCACACCACCCUUCUGCAUCCGUCGCGGAGGAGCUGCUGCCUUUGCCACUGCCGUCAGUCAGUGGCUUGUACUGCCCGCUCUGUCACAAGACUUUCGAGGACCCCGUCAUGACAAUCGAUGGUCAUACAUUCUGCCGCCGAUGCAUUCAGGACUGGUUUAUGCAACAUGCUUCAAAGUCUGGGGCGGCUCCUCUGCCAAACUCGCCCGUGAGUGGGCAGCCAUUACUUUCCAAGCUGCUGAUGCCCAACCUUGCUAUUGGCAAAGUGCUGACGUCCAUCCGUGAGAAUGUGAGGCCGGCCUGGGUACAGGUGGAGCAGGAGCGGGAAGCUUUGCGCUUCGAGCUGCAACAGCGAAGCGCGGAGCUGCUGCAGGUGAAGACGAGCACAGAGGGUCAAUCGAAGGAACUAAACGAUGCGGAGCUGAAGACUGCCACCUUGACGGUCAAGCUACAGAUGACGGAGGAGGAAGCACGCGCUGCACGAGGAGAAAUCGAACGGCUGAAUGAAGAAAUAUGUGGCCUUCGCGAGAAGCUGGAGCGUUUCCAGGCAGCGCUGGCGGGCGAGCGCUCGUCCGUGCAGCAAAUUGAGGACAUGUUGGUUUGUGCGGGCCAAAAGAGCGGCCAGGAGUUGGACAGCCAUUUGCGCUUCGCUUCUGCUGAGGUCCAGCGUCUCCAGUCAGAGCUCGAAACUGUGAAGAAGCAGGAAAGGGCUUUGCAGAAAGGCAAGGCCAAAGAAUCAGCAGAGCUGGGCAAGGUGCUGCAGGAGAAACAGAAGAUGCAGGACAUUAUUCGGGUGGAAUCCCUCCCAGCAUCCGUGGUACUCGCGGAGGAGUUGGAAUAUGCACGGAGAGAUGCUGAAGCAAAAGAGCUGCAAAUCCAGGACUUGCAGCUGGUGGGUACUCGCAUGGGCUCGCAGCUGAUAGUGCCGCAGAUGGAGAGCGAGAAUCAACAACUCCGCAACGACCUUUCUACGACGCCCUUACGCACGUUGUUCUGUGGAGGGAACGUACGCAUGUCGGACAUCGGGAAAGUUUCAGAGCUAGAUGAAGUCAACGAGAGACUGUCGAAGCUCGAGGAGGCUGCGCCGGAACUCACGGCUGCAGAGCUCUUGGCAACAGAGGCCGAGCGCCUUGAGGAGGAGCUGAACUUUUCCGGGCUCAAGUCCUUGCGUGCGACCGCCUCCCACGAAAACAUGAGUGCUAGCCAGGUGUCCAAGAAGAGGAAAUUCGUCGCAGAUGGAGUCUUCAAUGCAGAGCUGAACGAGUUCUUGGCUCGGACCCUGGGUGAAGACGGAUAUGCUGGUGUGGAGGUGCGAGUGACGCCGAUCCGAACCGAGAUCAUCAUCCGUGCAACACGAACUCGCGAGGUUCUUGGGGAGAAAGGGCGCCGUAUCCGAGAGCUCACCGCUUUGGUGCAGAAACGUUUCGGCUUUCCAGAGAACAGCGUGGAGCUCUUUGCCGAGCGUGUGGAAAACCGUGCGUCUUGCGCCAUGGCCCAAUGCGAGUCCCUGCGCUUCAAGCUCAUCGGAGGCCUGGCUGUGCGACGUGCGUGCUACGGUGUCUUGAGGUUCAUCAUGGAGAACGGAGCCAAGGGCGUUGAAGUUAUCAUUAGCGGCAAGCUUCGUGCUCAGCGAGCAAAGGCUAUGAAGUUCAGGCAGGGCUAUUUGAUCUCCACCGGCGAGCCGAAACGUCACUACAUCUCGGAGGCCGUCCGGCAUGUGCAGAUGCGACAGGGAACCAUUGGCAUCAAGGUGAAAAUCAUGAUGUCGCAUGAUCCAGAGGGCAAGAUGGGACCCAAAAUGCAGCUUCCAGACAAUGUGAUCGUCCACGAGCCCAAGGACGAGACGCCCAUGAUGAUGCCUCCGCAGGAUCUCUUGAGGGGAAUUCCCCUGGUGUUGGCAGACUUCCUAGUCCGUGGGCCGCUUGUUUCUUCACACAGCGUCGGGUCCCAGGAUCUGACAAACGCUGGCGCCCUGCCGGAGGAUGCCCCGAGGCUCGUAAUAGCUGCUUUGCAGAAGCUCCAGACUGCAGUGUCCAAGCGUGAGGAGGAGUUGAAAGCAGCUAACGAGAAGAUCGCCGAGUUGUGCAAGUACGGUGCUAAACGCGAUGAGGAUGUGCAGCGUGAAGCCUAUGAUGCCCUGCGAGUGGAGCUGCUGGACGUCUCGAAGCGUUGUGCUGACGCAGAAGCCAAGCUGCGCGAGCUCGGUGUGGAGGAGACAAAAGGAGCUGGCACAAGCCUCAUCACCAAGAUGUCCAUGCUAAUCUACCAGCUCCAGGUAUCUGUGAUCUCCGGCACUGGGCUGCGAACCAAAGGCUGGCGGCCCGGACCAGAAAGCGAAGCGCUUUCUUGUAUCGUGGAAGUGGUGGGCAAGGAAGCCAAGUUCGAGACUAAGCCUGUCCGGGACUCCAAGAAUCCAGCGUGGAAUCACACCGGCGAGCUGCAGAUGUCGCACAGUGAUUCGUUGCGGUUUAUGGUUCAAGGAACCAAGCAGCGUGCCCUGGGCAAGGCCGACCUGCAAGCGACAAGGCUCAUCGGACAAGGCAGCACAAAGAGAAGUGAUCGCAAAAGACAGGCAUUUUGUCAAGACACUCUGUGCAAUUCUUUUUGCGGAGGUCAGUUUGCUAGGAAGCGCCUGCAAAGCCUACGCCCUACGCGCACCGGACCACAACCCCCGAGUACAAGAAGAAACUCGAUGUGA